AUGACAAUCAAUCAAAAGAAAAACUUGGUCACCGACAAAGAAAUAAAUUUAUCAAAUCCAACUGUCAUAAUCCCCUACAAAUUCCAAUGGGAAGUCUACCAACAUCAUAAGAACGAUGAUGAAGAAGAAACUGAUCCCUUGAAUUGGGAAAACAUCUGUGACAAGAUCAACUUUAUUACAUACGAAAUGUCCACACCCGAUGCAUUCAUCCAAUUCAUUAAUGAUCCCUCCUAUGAAGUACAGAUUGAUUGUAUUUGGAUAACUGAAGAAUUUCUCUCCAUCAUGGGAGACAUAAAUGAAUAUAUUAAAAAAUUCCCCAGUUCUAUAACAUCAUUAAUGGUCCCUUGGGUUGGUUGUGAAUUUUUAAAUUUGAAACUAUUAAAUGAGAAGAACAUAAAAGUAUGCAAUAUAGGACCACAUGCUGCUAACUAUGUAUGUGAAGUUGCAAUUCAUUUGGUCUUGAGUUGCUUUAGAAUGACUUCAUUUUGGGAACAUUGUUUUAAAUACGUUGACGUGGGUGAAAUUAAAGAAUGUAAGAAAUAUAUUGGUUCAAAACAACAAUCUACACAUGGUAAAAACGACUGGCCAACAAAAAUUGAUCCCAAAAAUGAAUUGGUUAUCCCAACUAGAUGGGACACAUCUUAUGGUGUUGGCGGAUAUGAUACAAAAUUGUUUGAGUCUCCAACAAAUAAAAGCGUAUUGAUAUUAGGUUUUGGAUCUAUUGGCCAAGCUAUUGGCUCCAAAUUGAAAACCCUGUUUAAUAUGGAAGUUAACUAUUAUAAACGUUCUGGCCCCAUAUCUAAAAGUCAACUAGGUUAUGCGGCAACUUAUUGGGAUUCAUUAGAUAAUAAGGAAACCUGGUAUAGUAGCCAUCUUAUAAUUUUAUGCCUUCCUAGCAACGAAUCCACUACAAAUUUGAUCAAUAAAAAAACCUUACAAAUGUGUCGUGAUGGCGUAAGAAUUAUCAACGUCGGCAGAGGAGCAUGUAUCGAUGAAGAUGCACUAUUAGAAGGAUUAUCCAAUGGAAAAAUCGCUUCUUGCGGACUUGACGUUUAUAAAGAUGAAACAACUUUGGUGAGAAAAGAUCUCAUACAGAGAUGGGACGUAACUGCAUUACCUCAUAUAGGUAGUACCUCACUUCAGGAAAUCAAAGAACAGACCGAAAUUACAUUGAAAAACAUUGAAAGCUUUUUUAUUAAGGGUGAAGGAGGUCUUUAUCCGAUCAACUAA